AUGACCGAGGGGCCGUCCCUGCCUGUCCCGGGGUCUCAGAGCAGCAGUAACGAAUCCAGCGCCAACCCAAGCAGAGCACAGAGUGUAAGAGGCGGCAAAAGUGGAACGAGGCCCGCUCACAAAGUCAAGUUUUCUGUGGCAGCCGGAGAAGAAGAGGAGGAAGAGCGUGAAGAGACAUCAGGACAAGAAGCAGGCCGGAGGCGAGACAUUCCUCAGAUCCGGAUACCCUCGUCGGAAGAUGUGGCCGACAAUCUCCUAGCACCUGCAGACUGGACGGGAAGGACAAGUGCUGCUGCUGCGCAUGCUCAAGACCGUGCAAGUCGGUUAGCGAACAGACUCAGCAACACCUUUCCUGGCAGAACACAGGGAUCGCGACCAAGCUCGAUUGCGUCGGCGUCCUCACCUCUUGUUCCCCCGCCGUCACAACAGCAGGCAUACGCUUCCCCGAAUUCGUCACCACCAACUAAACCGCUGCGAGACUGGCUGGUUAACAUCGACGAUAUCCCCCUGGAGCCGCUGGAUAAGGAUAGGCGUCAAUACACACUGCACGACGACACCACGGACGAUGACGAAAGUGAUGAAGAGAACCCCAAACCCUUGAAACGAAAUAAUGAAAAUCUGGAGGAAGCCAGAAGGUUGAUCAGGACCUUAACAAGCGCCCAACAGCCGACCAAAUGGCAGGAUUCACCAAGAUCAGGGACACAGACCCCGGCUGCAGAUAAGCACGUGCACGACCUUGAAUACGUGCCCCCACCGGAUGAGUAUCGACCAGGCGUGUUCGGAGCGAUUCUUUCCUCAAAGCUAGCCAACCUGCAACGCGACGGCUUCGACCAUCAGCCAAGAUAUCUUGACGAACCCGGGAAGCACCAACACCGAGAUGGCGGUGUCGGUGGGCACCACCCGUACAGCCACUCGCGGACUGCCUCAGAGACGCAAGCCUCAUCAGGGGCGUCGUCCGGCCGAGCGACGCCGUCCAAACGGCCCAAGUGGUACGAAAAGUCACCCGCCAGCCAGUCCACGGGGUCGAUGGCAGCGCUCCUGGCGGGAGCGUCAGGUGCGGCGGGCGCCGUUGGGGCACCGAACACGUCGAACUACGUGCCGCGGCCGCCACGGCCACCGUUGCGACGGCCGAAAUCGUCGAGCAGUAUGAUUGCAACGGCAGUGGACAUGAUCAAGCAUCCUGCGAAUCACUUCCACCACCAGCAAAAGCACGAACGACUGCUCAAGGCGGAAGAAGAAAGGGUGGUGCACGACGUGGCGGAGAUCAUCGCAUGCCGGAAAUACCUCAAGAAACUGGCGCGGGCGCUCAUGGCGGUCGGGGCCCCAUCUCACCGACUGGAAGAGUACAUGAAGACGUCGGCGCGGGCGCUCAGCAUCGACGGCGACUUUUUGUACCUCCCCGGGGCGAUGAUCGUGUCGAUCAACGACAAACUCACGAUGAGCACGGAAGUAACGUUGGUACGGGAGUCUCAGAACGUCGACUUGGGCAAAUUCAAGGACGUGUAUUCGGUAUACAAGUGCGUGAUCCACGGCAAACUGACGGCCGAGGAGGGGACCCACGAACUCGAACAUAUCCGGACGGCACCGCAGCGCAACAAAUUGCACUGGGUGAUUCUGGCGUACGGCGUGGCCGCGGUCGCCGUGGGCCCGUUUGCGUUCUCCGCGCGGCCCAUCGACUUCCCGCCGAGUUUUGUGCUCGGCUGCAUUCUGGGGUUUUUGCAACUCGUCGUGGUGACGCGGUCGACGCAAUUCUCGCACGUUUUCGAGGUGCUCGCGACCGUCAUCAUCUCGUUCGCCGCGCGCGGAUUGGGAUCGAUCUACCACAACGGCAGUCCCGUGUUUUGUUUCUCAGCCAUCGCACAAUCCAGCAUUGCCUUAAUUCUACCGGGAUAUACAGUUCUAUGCGCGGCGCUGGAACUCCAAAGCAAGAACCUUGUGUCCGGGAGCGUCAGGAUGGUCUAUGCGAUUAUCUAUUCGCUAUUUCUGGGCUUUGGCAUUCUCAUCGGCACCGUCAUCAUGGGAUUGAUCUACCCGGGUGCCCAGAGCGAUGUGACAUGCGAGAUGCCAUGGUGGUGGAACUCGUCGUCGACCAGCUACCAACUGAUUUAUGCGCGGUUUAUCUGGGUUCCUAUUUUCGCCGUGUGUCUUGCCGUCAUCAACCAGGCCAAAUGGCACCAAGUCCCCGUCAUGACCCUCAUUGCCUUCUGCGGCCACCAGGCAACAUACUGGAUUUCGACUCGUUCCGCCAACAACAUCCAGGUCGCUAAUGCCAUUGGCGCCUUUGUUAUUGGAACCAUGGCGAACCUGUACAGUCGCUUUUUCCACGGUCUGGCGGCCGCCGCUAUGCUGCCCGCCAUCUUCGUCCAGGUCCCCUCGGGUCUUGCUGCGUCUGGAUCCCUCGUUGCGGGCGUCACGUCCGCUAACCAGAUUACCGGUAAUUCCACGUCCAGUGGGAACAGUGUUAGUGUCAUCAAUAAUGGCACCGCUGGCUUCUUGGAUGCUCAGGACGGCGCUGGCGUUACGGUUUACUCGGGCACCAUCUUCAAUGUCGGCUACGGUAUGGUCCAGCUGGCGAUUGGGAUUAGUGUCGGUUUGUAUUUGAGUGCUUUGGUUGUUUAUCCUAUUGGCAAGCGCAGGAGUGGCAUUUUUAGUUUCUAA